AUGAUCUAAAAAUUGAAAAUAGAAUGUGUAAAGCAAGGAUAUUCAAUUAGCAAUGAAAUGAAAUUUGAUAUUAUAGACUUUUAUACCAAAUCCUUACAUCAAGAACACUAUGCUCAUAAAACAGAUUAUAUCAGACACAACCUUGAGGAAAAAUAUGGACGUUGCUUCUCAAUAAUAAUGUAUGAAGUUGGUGCUUUUGUGUCCCAUUCAUUUUUACAUGCAGAUGAUUUCUUAUUAGAAUUAAGAUCAGCUGAGCAUCACAUCCUCGCAUACAUGCUCCCACCAUCAUUUACUCCCCCUCCUUUAAUACCUGAACCAUAGGUUAUACCAUUUAGUAGAACAACAACUUAACAAUAAUACGUAUCCAAAUAUUAGUAAAUUUAAUGCAUUUAACAUAGUCAGCCAUAUAAUACUAGUUAUUACAAAUAUUGA